ACUGCUCCCAAAAUGUCAUCUCCUCCGCUCAACGUACUCAUCACCGGCGCUAGCCGAGGCAUUGGUCGAGCAACCGCCAUCCUCGCUGGCGAAAGGCACUGGAACAUCGGUAUCAACUAUGUCCGCGAUAUGGAAUCUGCCAAGUCCUGCCAGGCAGAAGUCCAGGUAUCCGGCGGUCAGGCCAUCGUUGUAGCCGCCGACAUGAAGCACGAAGACCAAGUCCGGGAGCUCUUCGACGCCGUAGAGAAGGAGUACGGCACUCUCGACGGCGUGGUAAUCAACGCGGGCAUCACUGCUCAAGCCAUGCCCUUAGCAGACAUGGAAAUUGAGCGGCUGAAGCGAGUGUUUGAUACGAACAUUCUCGGGGCGUACCUCUGUGCGAGAGAAGCCGCGAGACGGAUGCCGGCUUCCAAGGGUGGGCGAGGAGGUAGUAUUGUGUUUGUGUCCUCGGCCGCAGCGCGACUGGGAAGUCCGAACGAAUAUGUCGACUAUGCGGGUUCGAAGGGUGCGAUUGAUACCUUGACGACCGGCUUGGCGAAAGAACUUGGUCCGCUGGGAAUUAGGGUGAAUUCAGUGCGUCCUGGUAUCAUCAGGACGGAUAUCCAUGAGCUUUCGGGAGAUCCUUCGCGUGUUGACAGGCUGGGCAAUCAGGCGCCCAUGGGGAGGGCGGGAGAGGCGAGUGAGGUUGCGGAAGCGAUUGUGUGGCUGUUGUCACCGGCAAGCUCAUAUGUUACCGGGACGUUUAUUGAUGUUGCUGGUGGAAGAUGA